CGUGUUUGAGAACUCUCACCUCUCACGUCUGUCAUCUCAAGUUAUGACAUCCUUGUCGAGUUCGAAAAUUGUGAGGGACUUACUGUACAAUAUAUUGUAACGUUCUUACGUUAUGGCUGGAGGCAAAGGCAAAGCAGGCAAAGAUUCUGGCAAAUCCAAGGGUAAGGUCAUCUCACGAAGUGCGCGUUCUGGCUUGCAGUUUCCUGUUGGACGUAUUCAUCGCUUCCUAAAGCAGAGAACCACAUCUCACGGACGUGUUGGUGCAACAGCAGCUGUUUACAGUGCGGCCAUUCUGGAAUAUCUAACUGCUGAAGUAUUGGAGUUGGCAGGCAAUGCUUCCAAAGACUUGAAGGUGAAAAGGAUCACACCGAGGCAUUUGCAUUUGGCGAUACGAGGUGAUGAGGAAUUAGAUACGCUAAUAAAAGCCACUAUUGCUGGUGGAGGUGUGAUUCCACAUAUUCAUCGUUACCUAAUGAGCAAGAAAGGACAACCUACUCCAGCUCAAAAGCAGGGCCCAGCCUGAACUAACCAGUCUCUGAUAUACUCGGCCAUUUAUGGUUCUUUAAAGUCAUUUUUACAUUUUGCUUUAAAGUUGUCAGUUACGCUGAUUGUAUUGUAUUCCAAGUAUUUUAUUUUAAUUACGUUUUUUCCCAAAUUUUUUAAUUUGCACUCAUAUCAGUGUGACAUUUUUAUCACAUCGCUCAAAUAAUCGCGAUAUCAGUGUUUCUCUUUCUCGUAAACAUUUCAUCACAUGUAACAGAGACUUUAUAGCUUACAAGAAUGUAAUCAAAUAAUAGUGUAAUGUAAAAAAUUUGAAACAGACACUGAAUUAUUUCAACUGUAGUAGUUGUAUUUGACAUUUUCUGUCACCAGUUCGUAUUAUUCUAUGAUUUGAUCGAUGUUAGUGUAUCUGCUUUUUUUAAUUCUUUUGAAAGUUCGGAUUUUAAUGCGCAGAAGUUUCAGAUCUCUUCUUUGUCAUUUUACUUCGUGGAUUCCGAAAAGUUCCUUAUCGUAAAUCUGGAAGUGAAGUUUGAGAUUAUUGAUUUUAUGUUCGCAUUUGUACUAUUUCAAUGUCAUCCUCACAAGAUGACACGAGUGCUCAGUUAUAUUUUUAAUGUGGAUUCACGAAGUCAAACGUUCGUACUGGCAUAAGGGGUUCGUGAUACAGGUUGCAGGUUUUUGAACUCCAGAGGUCAACAGAGCCGAGGCUUAUACGAGGAAGGAUUUUUCAUGCACGAUUGAUUUUUUCCCAGAUGCACCAGAAAAAAUUGUGACAGUUGGAUGGGUUAGCCUGUAGUUCUCCAUUCAAGCAUGGUUGUAAUGUUGUGAGUGUUGUUUGUUGUCGCUUUUGCUGUUCAUAUUAAAAUGAUAUUGCCGAUGCCAUUACUAGUGAAUGAUACGUAGCCUGAAUUUAAUUAGGAAACUUGGCCUGUUAGGAAUUAGAGAGAUGGGUAUUUCUGUCAUGCAUAGGAUGUUUUUCAUAUUAUCAUUAGGACUUCACCAAAUAACCUGGCUUCUGGUAAUGCAGCAAUCACUGACUUGAGCUUGGACGUAGUCGAGUCGAUCUUAACGUC